AUGGCGUUCUUCAGCCGCGCGCCGGGCGGAUCGGGCGGCAGUGGCGCCUGGGGCAGUGCUUCGCAAGGUUCGCAGGGUGGAGCUUGGGGCAAUCGCAAUGACAGCCCCGUGGCGGCGCAGAGUUAUGGCAAUCCGACGCCUGGCCUGCCGAGCCGGGGCUUCAGCCAACCUGGGGGCGGCUUCGGCUGGAAUGAUGGAGCCGCUGGCCAAAGCCUGGGCAACUUUCAAGCACAAGAUAUGGCAAGCCAGCCAGACAUGCCUGCCCGAUCCAGUUGGGGAGGCUUUUCGUCCAGGAUGUUCGGCCCCAGUUCAACAAGUCUGCAGCCGAUAAGCGAGCAGGCCACGUGGCAACCACCAGGAACUGGCUUCGGUGCGCCUGCUGGACCUGCUGGACUCGGGGAUGCUGGUGGCCAGUUGCAAGGUUGGUCCAUGGACCCACCCCAGUUGCAGACUCGAGUGGGGGCUGCUAGGCGCCCGGCUCCUUUCGCAGGCCUCUCGAGCAGCAUGAACAUGAUGGGUUCGCAAUUGUUGGCUGGCAGGCGGCGCAUGUUUGGAGAAGGCAUUGGAGGAUACCCCGGGCGUCUCAUCGAGCAGGGCCCAGAGUCCAACUUGGGAGGUGGCACGCGGGUGCCCUGGCUGGUCAAACAGCAAGAUCCCGCAAACAUCCAUGCAGAAGGCCCGCGCCCUCCACCUCCCAUGGACGAGGCGAGCCCUCCAAGGCCAGGCAGCCAGGCUGCCAAUCUUUUGCGCCGAAGCCAGUUUAUUGAGACACUUCGGCGGAAGCGAGCAUUGGCACUGGCGUCACAAAGGGAGGACAGCGGCGCACCUCAAGCAGUGGAGAUUAAGUCUCUUUCCACCCUUGUCGCACAGGAGCGAUCAUGGCUUCGCCCUCUGCUGCUGGCCGCAUCUUCUGGCGCACAGCGUUUGGCUCUCAGAAUGCAAGCCCUGCUCUGGCGCUGCGUGGGAGUGCUCACAGACCCCGAGGCUUUGCUGGAGCCGAUGUUUCUCGGCAGCCAAGAGAUGAUGCCUCAGGGAACAGGGCUUCCAACCUCUGGUGAUGACAUGCGCCAGUGGGUGGUGCAAGAGGAUGGCCUGUUCCGAGCUGCGUUUGGGGCCCACGUUACUGAGCCCUGGAACCGCGAGCGACUGUAUCUGCAGCUGGAGCGGUCAGUCCUGGCCAAGCCUGGACCAAGCUUGGAUGAGCGUGCAGGGGAAGUCUGGGCCGACGAAGACCGUGAGAUGCUGGGCUCGGGCCUUUGUGCACCCCGGCUGGUGCCACUGGAGGAAGUGUACUGGCUGAACAAGUUGGGUCUCCGCUUUCGAUCUCAAGUAAAGUCGAAAAGGCGACACCUUGUGGCGAGUCAGCUCUACGAGCUACGGCUGGACAUCAGCCGAAUUUCGCUCCUCCAAAUUCCCUUGGCAUCUGGAGACCUGGCAAAGAAGUUCAGCUCCAUGGAUGCGCUGGAUAGCCGUGAGACGCGCGUUGCGGGUGAACUCCAGGAGUUGUUCCAUCGAUACCAGAAAGAGAUGGAGAGCCAUGUCGUGACACAGCUUGACAGCCGUUUAGAUGCCCUGGUGGAACGCGGCAAGGGACUCCGCGCCACAUUGCUCCAGGCUGAAGCUCAGCCGAGCGACUCUGAUGCGCAGGCGGCCCGGGAGGCUUACCGAAGCAACCUCCAGGAAAGGAAGAAGGUGCGUGCCAGGCGAGAUGAGAAGGAAGCGCUCUUCGAGCAGAUCUGCAAGAAUCUGUAUGGUAAAUGGCGAGAGCUCCGGCAGGUUCGCCAGGAUUUCGGCUAUGUGUCAACACCGUGGCGCCUGACGGCGCAGUCCCAGGAGCAUGACCUCACGGCCGAUACCCAACGGAGAGCACGGAACGUGGACGCAGAGAUAGAAGAAACCAGCUACCUCCAAGGGCUUGCGGCGGAACAGGAGCGCGAUCGGGUUCAGAACAAAUGGGACAUGGCAAAGCGCGGGCCAGGCCAGCCGUCCUACCGCUUUGAACUUUCUGCGACAAUGGAGCUGACUUCUGCUGAGGCCUUGCGGUCCCGUGCUUAUGAUGGGAUUGUUGGAGAUGCUGAUGCAUCCGCGGCCGCAGAGGAGCUGGACCGCAGACAGCUGGCCAGCCGCGUGCGAGUUUGCGUGGAGUGCCGGGUGAGUGACCGGGUUGUGGGGAGAAGCCCGUCUCUUCCCAUCAGCUGGGACACGAACAGCACGUCUUCAGCUGCAACCUUGCUGGAAGAGGUUCCGGGAACGCUGCCGGGGGCACCGGAUUCUAUUCGGCCUGUGCACAGCUUCAACCUUGCAGUGCACGUUAUGCCGCAGAACAUCUCGUUGAUGGUUUAUGUUUCAGCUGGAGGUUGGUGGCCUCGCUGGCACGCAGCUCGAGAGGUUCAGCUGGACAUUCCGAGCCCGGAAGGCAGACGAGUGACACACGCGGCCACUUCUGACCAACGUCUGCUUUUUGGACCAGGUGUGGAUGACCACGGUGAGGAAGACAGUCUGCUGUCACAGGCUUUCAAGGGCGAACUGGCGGUGUGCGUCUCCUGGCCUGGAGGAGGACGAGGUGAUUUUGUGGUGCCGCCGCCGGCACCAUUGAAUGCGGAAGGCCAACUUGACCACAUCAACUUGAAGUGCUUGCCAUGCUUUGGCUCCCGAUCUCCACUUUCGCAAAAGCAGGAGGACGUGCCUGAAGAAGAGGCUCAGGCUCCGGAAGGAAAGACGUCUGCAGACUUCCCGGGGCUCAAGGGCCCAGACGCAGCGCGGCUUGAAGAAGCGCACCUGUGUCGCCGCCGCCUUGCGGCUAGCCAGGACUUGCAGGCUGGCCUUACACAGCGUGGUCUGCGAGUGGCGAAGUUGCUGCAGCGAGAAGAGCGGGCAGGAAUGGACAGCGAACGGCUCCUGGUCCCGGGUCUCGAAAGCGAGGUGAAGAAGGAGACGCAAGAGAAGCAGGAGAAGGAGGCAGCUGACACAAAAGCCGGAAAGAUAAAGGAAAGCGUGUAUCAGAUGGACUUCCGCAAGAGGAUUGAGGAGAGGACUCGCAAGAUGGCCAUGGUGAAGACCCAUAUGUCCUACAAGAGCAUAGUGCGGGAGUAUGGGGAGGAGGCGGAGGAGGGCAAUUUGAUGGAGCUGCUGGAGCGCUUCCAGCGGAUCUUCCAGCCCAAGCGCACGUUGCGGCCCACCGGUGCGCGGAGGAGAUUUGAGAGCAGCGUGAAGAGCAUUCGGGUCCACAUAUCAGUCGCCAAGGUGUAUGAUGCGCCACUGCGCUGGCAGCAGCAAGAAGUGCAAGCUGCACCUCCUCCACCGUUGGGAGGCUUGCCUGGCUUGCAGACGUAUGGUGGAGCUGGGGGCCAAUUCACGGCAGGUGGGUUUCCACGACCCCAACACAUAGGGAGCCCUCUCAUUGGCUCUUCCGAGGGUGUGUUUGGGGCCAUUCCCGCCGGAAUACAGAGCCAGCAACUACCGGAGAUCGUGAUCGAGAUGACUCUUCAGGACUUCCAUGGGAAUCUUCUCUUCAAGCGAACCGAGCGGGCUCAGCAAUCUACUGACCCAGACAUCAACCAGAUUCUGGAGCUACCGCUUCACGCAGCCGGCACUGCGGGCAAGGAGGAACUCACCCAAGAAAAUUUGAUCAAGUACAGCGGCGAGCUCACCAUCAACGUGUUCGAUGAACUGUCGCAAAGACUGCCCGGAAGUGGCCAAGACUUUCGAGUUCGAACGCAACUGCGCCAUCUUGGGAAAUUCGUGUUGCCAUGGGAUACUCUGUAUGCUGCCAAAUGCAGCGUGAAGGGGCAUUUUCGUGUAGAUCAGCACGCAGUUCUCUUCGGAUACCGCCCGAAGACUGAGAAGCAAAACAUUCUUCCAGUGGCAGCGCAACCUCCCGAAGGCACACCGGUUCCUCCACCCCCGCCAACCAGCAGCCAAGUGCAAGCAAAGGCGAUGUCCCUUGGCCUAGAGGUCACAGUGGAUCCUCCCCUCGAGCAUCCGACGCGAGUUCAGCCUCAGAUCACCCUGGGGAAGGAGCCGAACAUGAUGCUCAAACAUGUUCAGAAGUGGCACGAUUCGCUCAAGUCACGGCGCGAUUCGCGUAUCUUGGCAUUGGGCACCGACGUGGACGGACGCUCGCGUCUGAUCUGCCGGUUUAUUCGGCCGCAGAAGCCGCCAGACAUCCUGCCUGAAAAUCCUUUUGCAAUUGAAAUGGCUGCGAGGUACGUAUCGUUGAUCCCCACACUUCAGGACAAUGAGAUGUGGAAUGUGGACGACUUGUGGUGCACUGACCAGGAGUUUCUCGACAUCCAGUGCGGAGAUUGGGAGGAGCACUGCAUACUGCUGUGCAACUUCUUCAACUACAUCGACCGCUAUCGCCGCGAAUGCGUAGGAGGGUACAGCACAAGCGACAUCCAGUCGUACUGCGUGAUCUGCGAUUUGGUGCCGGAGGGGGAAGCUGUGGUGGUGUUGCGGAUGGACAGACAGUCCGGGAACUGUGAGUUUUGGCACGCGCUCAAGGGCAGAUGUCAUUUCUUGCCAGCAGCUGCCCAGAAGCGGCGCUGGGGUUUGUGCCCUCGCCGUGCCGAGAUGGCAGAAGAUGAUGCGGCACAGCAGCCUGACACGCAGCAGGCAUCAGUCUUGAAGGCGCAGGCUACCAUACCCAUUCGGAAAGUGCACCUUGUGUUCAACGCUGACAAUGUGUGGGCCAACCUCCAAAGUGAGAAGGCCAAAAGCGCUCACAAAGGAGUGGCUGCUUUGUCCUGGGACCUUGAUGACACAAGACGCUGGAAGCCGCUCUUUCCCUACGGCCGGGAAGAGUUGAGGCGGCUGUCUGGUCUUCAGCCAGAUCCCAGAGGUGAGGAUGAUGUGGUGCAAGACCUUUCCAAAGAGUGGCGUUUGGAGGACCCAUCGCAAGCAUUGACGUAUCUGCCAAAGGAUGAAGCCCAGGCUGCCCGCCUGGAGAACAUCUUCCAGCUCCAGCUGGAGCAAGACGUCAUCGACCACCGCGCCGGGCUCAAAGGCACCAUUGUAAAGGACAGCAGAAGCACGAAGUUCAACCAUGUCAUAGCUGAAAGGUUCGGACAGCUCUUGGAAGAGCUGGAGAUGCUUUCGAACAGUUCGCGGCGAAGUGGCUACGAGUCGGGCUUUCCCUUAAAGUCGCAUGCGACACUGCCUGUGACUCUGGAGGCUGUUGAGGCACGGAUGCACGAAAUCGAGAACGACUUCAGAAGGAUGGGACGUCCUGGGCGCAGUGUCUUUGGCCUGCCUUUCAAUGAGCCGUACAAAGACUACAGCCUCAUCUGGGAUGCCAUCCACCAGUCCCGCAUCUUAGAGCUGGGCGGAGACCAAGCUGACUAUGCGCUCAAGGUCAAGGUCUUUCCGUAUGCUGCCGGGGUGCUGAGCAUAUGGGUCUUUAUUGCAGCCGCAAUGGACAUAGAUUGA